UAGAGUUGUUUUUUCUUAUUGUUUUAAAGUAAAAAAACUUGUACUAUCUCAUUGGGAAUAUGAUCGUCCUCAAAACAUUUUAGAGCAAUUCAAAAAAAGUGAGAAAAAAUUUAGUUUCCUAAGAUCACUUCUUGAUAAAUCUUGCACAUAUUUAACAGAAUUAGACUUGGUGGCCUAUGAUAAUUCUAACAUAGUGCCUUUGCUGAAUGAAUUUUGUCCAAAUCUCGUUAAACUUCGACUGAGACUAAAAUAUUUUUUUGAUAAAGAUUUAGAGAAUGCAUUUUCUCGUAUGUCUCAACUAAGAGUAUUAAAAAUUAUAUUUCAAGGUUUUUGUCGAAUACCUGUAAUUCUACUUGUUUUAUUGAAAAACGUUGUGAAUACUUUGAAUGAACUCAUUCUGAUAAGUCAGAGCAACGGCAUAUUUCCAGUUUGUCGAUUCCCGGACUCAUUUGCGGCGUUGAUUUGUCAAUUCAAAGCCCUGAAAAAAAUUGAAACUGGUGGUAUGUUGAUUACCAGACAUAUAUCUGAGGCUAUUGCUGAUGCUAAAUUAAACUUUCAUCAGCAUGUUAUAAAUUAUGAGCUGAUUACUAUCACGAAGAUUACUUUGUCCGAGAAAUACGAAAUUACAGAUGAUAUUUUAUAUAAUCUUGCCAAUAGCGUAAAGUUCUUAGGAUAUUUAAGUGUAAAUAAUUGUUCAUUGGUAACCGAUGCUGGUAUACAAGCAAUUACAAAGAUGAAACAUUUAGAAAACCUUUUCCUAUCUGGCAAAAAUAACGUCACUGAUACUCCAUUAAAAUUUCUCAGAGGGAUGAAAAGAUUGGAACUACCAGAUAGUUAUGAAAUAACUAACAAUUCUAUUGAAGAAAUUUUAGAAAAUUCACCGUAUAUGUGCGAUUUGACGUUUAAACAUACAAGUAUAACUCCUGAAUUUUUAACAAUAGCAAUGGAAGUAUCAGAAAAACGUAAAAAAAAUAUGAGAUUAGAUGUUCAAUUUUCUGGUUGUUGUGUGGAUGCAAUUAGACAUAAAUAUUUGGACAUUCUUUGUGGCUGCGAUAUAUGUACGAGUUAUUAA